AUGUCAGUUAAACCGCAAGAAGCAGAAGAACUUGUUCACGCAAUCGCUGGGGCCGGUGGUGGUGUCCUCUCGAUUGCCUUAACGUAUCCAUUACUUACCAUUUCGACCAGACUUCAGGCAGAAAGUAAGGAUACGAAGAAGGAGAAGAAAACUCUCUGGCAGAUCGUUGAUGAAAUUGUGGGAAAGGAUGGGUUGACUGGGUUGUAUGCCGGUUUGGAGAGUGCCGUCUUGGGGAUGGCAAUAACCAAUUUUGUUUAUUAUUAUUUCUACGAGUCUGCAGGCAGAAGCUUUAAGAGGUUACGUCGAAAGACGCAAUUGAAUACUGUAGAAGCUAUGCUUAGCGGUGCGAUUGCAGGUUCUGCAACAGCUGUAGCUUCGAAUCCCAUUUGGGUCGCGAAUACUAGGAUGACAGUGACAAAAUCAAACAAAAGUACGAUUUCGAUGAUGCUGCAGAUCAUCCGGGAUGACGGGGUCUUGGCUUUAUUCAAGGGACUGAAGCCGGCAUUGAUUCUAGUGGCGAAUCCAAUAAUCCAGUUUACGGUGUUUGAGCAACUGAAGAAUUUUGUUCUAAAUGUUCAAGCGGGUCAAUCUGUACUGCCUCCAAGUUGGGCCUUCCUCUUGGGUGCCAUUGGUAAGUUGGUUGCUACUGGCAUCACAUAUCCGUAUAUCACGUUAAAGACAAGAUUACACAUGGUUGGUGAUAGGAGCACCGAUAAGAGACCAGAAAUUGCUCAAAGCGAACGUCGAGUCACUGCCUUGGAGAUCAUCAAGCGAGAAGGAAUUUCAGGUAUCUACCAAGGAAUUGGGUACAAGCUUGUUCAGAGCAUUUUGACCGCUGCAUUUCUGUUUUAUUUCAAAGAGGGUCUUGUGUUAUGGUCUAUGAAAGCUUUGAGAGUGCUCCGUCAAGUAAGAUGGAGAUCUCUAAAUCAACACAGAAUCAAGAUCAGCGCCCAGAGGUAG